AUGGCAUCUCAAGAGAAUCAAGAAAAUGUUAGAAAUGUGAAGAGUGCAUGGAGCCGUUUGAAGGGAUUCCCCGACAAAUGUGUCGAUCUCGUAACUACUUCCGCCAGAGAGGCGAAGAACUUCGGAAAGGAAGAUCCUAGACGAAUCGUGCACUCGUUUAAAGUGGGAUUAGCAAUAACCAUAGUCUCGUUAUUCUACUACUUUGACUUCUUGUACGAUGGUCUCGGUGUUUCCGCUAUGUGGGCCGUCAUCACCGUUGUCGUCGUUUUCGAAUUCUCCGUCGGUGCAACAUUCGGAAGAGGGAUAAACAGAGCGAUUGCGACGUUUAUAGGAGGUCUAUUAGGGGUUGCAGCGCAUCGCUUAGCUAGUUCUACAGGAAACAACGCGGAGCCUAUUGUACUCGGAUUCUCGGUUUUCUUCAUAACUUCGAUAGCGACAUUUAUUAGGUUAUUUCCGAAGAUGAAGGAAAGGCAUGAUUACGGAUGUAUGAUAUUUAUACUGACAUUCUGCCUGAUAUCGGUGUCGGGAUAUCGAGACUCGGAGGUUAUAGAAAUGGCGCACACGAGACUUUCGACGGUGAUGAUUGGUUUAUCGGCUACAGGAUUGAUAUGCAUAUUCAUAUGCCCUGUUUGGGCUGGUGAAGAUCUUCACAAUCUCACUGCUGCCAACAUUGAAAAGCUUGGCAUUUCUUUGGAAGCUUUUCAACGAAAAUACUUCGAGACGACGAGAAACGAUAAAAAUCAAGAGAAUAAACCACCGGUCGAUGGAUACAAAGUGGUUAUUAGUUCCAAAAGCAAGGAAGAAUCAUUGGUAAAUUUUGCGAGAUGGGAGCCUAGGCACGGGAAGUUUAAAUACCGGCAUCCGUGGGACCAAUACAUCAAGAUUGCAGGACACACAAGAGAAUGUGCACACAGAUUCUAUGCACUGUAUGGCUACCUUCACUCCGAGAUCCCGACACCACCAAUAGAAAUUUCCAAGAAGAUAGAAGAGCUAUGCACAACAAUGAGCUUAGAAUGCAGCCAUGCUCUCAAAGAAUUAGCAAUUGUGAUCAAGAAAAUGACUCGAUCUCCGAAUAGCGAGGCGCAUUUAAAGAACGCGGAAAUUGCUGCGAAGAAUCUAAAGUUGCUGGUGCAAAGCGGGCUUUGGCCGGAAUCCGAUCCCCUAGAUGUAAUUCCGGCGGCGGCGGUCGCUUUGUUGCUCAUUGAAAUAGUAUGUUCCACGGUUAAGAUAGCGGAUUCCGUUCAUAGACUUUCGAUCCUGUCGAAAUUCAAGAGUGUUGAUCCGGCGAGAACACCCGCUCGUUUUGGUGUUACGGUUGAGUGA